ACUGUGUGGAGGCUCCCUCCCAGCACACAGCCUGGGUGUUUGGUGUCUCUCCUCCUCCUUCUCUCUCUCCCCUUGUUUCGUUCUGUGUGUGUGUGUGUGUGUGUGUGCUCUCUCUCUCUCUCUCUCUGGCUGUAGUGGCAACAUUGACAUGAGGGCGCUCUAAUGCGGUGGAGCUCAAAUGUAACUUGGAGAGAGAGACAGUCGAAAGAGAAGACUGCAAUUUCCUUCCUCUUGCUGUGAGUACUGUUUUCUGUCUUGCUUUUUUAGUUAUAGAAGCAGGUGUCCUUUAAAAUACGGAAUGAGUUCCUUGUAAUUGAAAUUCCUCAGACUUUGAGCCAGAUGACUCAGCUUUUUUUUUGUUGGAAGCACCAGUGAGCAAUGACAACAGUACAGGGCAGACAUGCAGCUAGGUGCUGUUUGAUGCACACAAAGCCUCCUCUGUUCUGUGCUAGAGAAAAGGAGGUUAACCAUUCAUUCAUCAGUAACUUACAACAAUAGACAGAUACUUUUAAAGUUUCUCAUAAUGCUUUUAUAGUUACUGUUAUACUAGAGUUGUUGCAAAAAAUAUAUAAAGUUUUGAAGCUGCAUUAACUCUACACAUAAGACAAGAGUGGUGUGACUGAGUAAAGAAAUAUAUAAAAUCAGUGGUCAUUCCUCUAUAAUCCAACCCCAAAUAGACAGCAGCUUGGUCCCAGGUUGUAUUCCUGCUGACUGAUGUUGGUUUGAUGACAGGCUGAUCCUCUUUGAUACCUCCCAUUCAGCGCAUUGAGAGGAAAGGCUUUGGCCCAUCAUUUGUGUUGUGAGUCAGCACACAGGGUAUUACUGUUUAGGUCUGGAAUCUGUAGAGGACCUGGCCUGCUAUGCUCUGCUGGGUUCAGCCGCAUGUGGGCUGCUGCUUUAUUUUUAACUUCUUACGUUGGAUCCAGAACUGUGAUCAGACUUUAUUUAUAGACCCUUCCUUAUAUUUUAUUUAGUCAGAAGCUUUCAUGUUUGCUUUACUUCUGUGAUUGUGCACGGGUUUGAGACAAAGACAGAAAGAGUGCUGGCACGCUUAGGUGAUGGUCCAAAUGUGUCCAGAAAUCAAUAAGAAGCUGCAGCGUGGGUCGUUACUGAUCUAUGGGGUGUUUCCUCUUACUCUUGUCCAGGCCCUGCUUUCAGUGGUGAACCUGCUAUCAUGGCCAGAAACCUCCUGAGGAAUCCCAGUGGGGAAGGUAAGGUUUAAUUUUGUUUAGCUGAACACUUCAGAAAGUACAGAAGGGUGUAUGCUUAAAGGGAUACUCCAAUGUAAAAUUAAAUUAUGGUCAAACACACUGUAACACUGAGUUAGACACCCCCUCAAGUGAUAAAUGUUGCUGAUUGCUUGCUUCUCUAGUUAUACCAACUUUAGUAACAGCUGCACAAUAGCAAUACACAGCAGUCUAUCACUCCACGCGCAAACCUCAACCAAAAAAAAAAACACUUAUAGCUGCAAAUAAUGCUAAGAACAGCACCUAACUUCAUCAACAGUACAUAUAGGGUCCUUGCCAUAGUACUAGCCAUCAAACAUCUUUUAGCUUUGCCUGAUUUCUUUAGCAAAGAGACCAAACACAACUCACCCACUUUCUUCCAGCAGCCGCUUGUUUGUGGGAGAGCCCUGAUGACUCAAUCACCGAGUACAGCAGAUCAUUUCCUUGAAGUAAUAAUCAUCAUAUUAAUCAUUCUGCACUGCAGACAAGGUAGUCCUUCUGCCUUAGCAUCUCGGUCUGAUUGCAUUUCAAUGGAGUAAUAAUCAGAAAUGUUUUUCCUUGAGCUGCGAAACUCCGCUGCACUCAGUGAUCGACUCAUUAGGACUCCCCCACAAGUAAGGGGCUGCUAGAGGAGAGUAGGUGAGUUGUGUUUGGUCUCUUCACUAAAGAAAUCACGCAAAGCCAAAAAGAUGUUUGAUGGCUAGUACUAUGGCUGGGACCCUAUAUGUCCUGUUGAUGAAGUUAGGUGCUGUUCUGAGCAUUAUUUGUGGCUAUAGAGUGGCUUUUUGGUAAAAAUGUGAUAUUAUUCAUGUUAGAGUGUACAUACUUUAAUACUGCUAAUAACAACCGUAUUUAGACUGUGUGAUUAUUUCUCAGAGCAGAUGGAGUUCUGGGAACUGGUAGAGAAUGGUGGGAGCCAGUGGAAGGUGGAGGACAUGCCAGGAGACUGUGGCUUCGACUUCUGCAGUGAUGGAGUUACCAGAUACUUUGCAACUUCCUUUGAGUGAGUGUUAAUAACUGCAAUAUGUCCUCAUUUGUUGCCCAACAAAACCAACACUUUUUCUGCAGUUGUCUGAUCUUAUACUCCCCCAAUAUGAAGUUCUUGUCACCCUCUGGUGAGUCCAGCUUUCUGACACAAACUCUGUGUUGUUCCAGGCUGUGUCUGAAGAGACAGGUGAUUGACCUGACCGCUGAAGGUUACUCUGACGAACAGUUGGAUGCUCAGCCUGUUGUCACAGUGGAAGACUGGUAAGGCAGGGGGGCUAAGGCGGACUUGAGGAUAUUUGCUAUGUGACCCAUGUCAUUGAGUAACGUGUCUCCUCUCUUCUAAAGGUACUGUGGGAGGACAGAUUGUGGCUGCACUUACCAGAUGACCGUCUGUCUGUUGGAUAAUAAUCAGGAGGUCAUAGCAGAGUUCAAACCUGAGCCAGUGACUCUUGACCCCGACUGUGACGACUGCUCGUGGAAGCAGGUACAUAAAGAAAGGGAGCUUUUGUUUACUUGUUAAUUAACCUCUGACUUCUCUCACCUACCUGCUACUCCACAACAACAUCUUGGCUGAUUUGCUUCUUUGUGGCCUUACUAUUGUCUCAAAAAUGUGCUAUAAUCUGACUUGAGACAUGUUAUUUUGGGGCUAAUGCUACAGCUAAAACUUACUGAAAAUGAGUGCGGACAGUCCCUUCCUAAUUCACCUGACUGUGCGCAUUACAGCAGAUAUUUCACUCUUCAAUUUCCAGGUAACCCACACAUUUAUGGAUUACGGCCCUGGGAUGCGUUUCAUCUCCUUUGAGCACGGAGGACAAGACACCAAGUUCUGGGAUGGUUGGUUUGGAGUCAGGGUGACUGGAAGCUCUAUUACUGUGGAUGUUUGAUCGGGAGUAGUGUUGGUCUCAAGGUGUUUAGGGAACCAGCUUUGCCUCAUUCAAUACUACUGAUGCUGUGGAAACGUAAUGCUGCUAUGAAGACUGCAGGAACAGAAGAAAGAAACCCCUGCUCCUAGCUGUAGCAUGAGUGCUCAACUAACUUUAGAGAUUUUUAAACUGCUGCUUGCAAAAGUCAUAAUUCAAGGUCUCUUAACUGCUACCUCUGCCCUGUAACUUACCCCACUGUUUGACUAAAUGAUGUGUUUAGUGGUUGAAGCAGCUCUAAAUGUUUAGUUUUUUUUUUUUUACUCUAAUUUAUUCAGACAUGAUGUUGUUUUGAAGUAAAAUUACCUACACUAAAAACCAUUUAAAGUUUAAAAAAUUAGGGGCAAAAAAAGCAGAAAUAUUGCGAUAGUGGUUCUCAACCUAUUUAGGACUUUGUUAGGUCGUUUUCAGAGUUCCGCUCUAUGUGGUGAAAAAAGCAUAUGACCUAACUUAAAAUACUAACAUUUAACUUCAUAUUUCCUGAAAUGAAAUCAAUUACGAGCUAUGUUAAUAGUUCUUCCUAGUAAAGCUAUUGAGAAAUAACAAACUGUUGCAAUGUCGUAGUAAUAAAUCAGACUUAAAUAUUUAACAUCACUCUGUAAUAUCAGCUACAAAUCUUCAUACUAUGCAUGUUGUACAACAGCUCAUUAGCAUCAGCAUGAAGAAAACAAUGAGGAAUUGAAAAAGAUGAAGAAAGUACAGCCACAAACUACCUACCUUUCAUAAAGCAUGAUGGCCACCACGUAAUCCAGAAAUCCCCUACCAGUCCAAAAGGAUCAAACGCAGUCACCCUUAAACAAAAGCUCAAAAUGAAAAUAAUUUUAAAUCAAAACUCUAAAUCAAAAGUGAGUGACAAAGUCCUUUUAAUAACAAAAUAUCUUACAAAUAGAAAACAUAGGUAUACGUGAAUUUGAAUGUCAAAACUUGUAAAUGUGGAAGUCAAAAUGAAUAAUUAAACAACAAAACAGUGUUCAGAGUGAGCACCAUUAUCAGUGGUAUGUUCACUGAGGGCACAGGCUGCUUGAAAGCAUCAUGUAAGGGGCAGUUUGGUGGUAAAUCAGAAUGGGGGUGGGAGGUGUUCGGGUUACACUUGCUCUUUAAAACACAAAUGUUAAUAGAAGGAGAAUAGAAGCAGGAAUUAAUGGAAAUAAAUAAGAAAUUGCAACUUAAUUGCUAGCUACAUUCUCCUUCUACUUGUUGUUCUUCGCAUUUUUAGUGUAUUACUUGUUGACUUGGACAGGACACACUGUUUGGGUAAAACUGGCCAGUGGUGGGCACUUCAGAAUACAGCAUUCAAUUUCACUAGAUAUGGUUUAACUUAAUGGGAGGCUGAAAUAAAUGUUGCUACUGCCAUUGUCCAUGGGAGUACACUCCUUAAUGACAGGCCAAACAAACCACCAUCUGGGUAUAUCUGUUAAUAAUGAAUAAUAAUCAAAAACUUUACUGAUGAUGUUCAAUUCUUUUUAAGUCACUAAGUUAAGUGUGGAUGUUUUGUUGCUCAAUGAGUGAUGAGCACAUUUAUAGGGGGAAAAAAGAGAGGUUAAUAACCAGGAAUCAUGGCGAUGUGCACAGAACUAUGGGAACAUUUUAACCUGAUCUAUUCAAGAUAAGAAAAAUAACAUCUAACUUUUAAACAGGUUUAUAUUCGCCGUGUAAUUAAAACUUAUCAUCCAACAGAGGGAAUUGAGCCUAAACAACACCAAUAAUGCACAGACCUGUUUCUGGCCAACAAAGAUAUUUCAUAGAGAGAGUUCAGAGAAAAGACUUUUACUAAAAAGUGUAACAUUGCAAAAUACAAUGUGCACUGGUUUCAACAUUUCUAAACAAGAGCAUUCCAGAUUUAAUCAAAUAAAAUUGCAAUAAAAGCAAUGAAAUUGCUGCAGGGUUUUGGCUGAAGCCUUGCACAGCUGCCGUAUAGCAUCAAACCAUAUCCGUGCAGGUCUUUGUCACAUUUGAAAAAUAAGGUUCAAUGUUAAUCAUAAAAUAAACUUUUUUUCUUUUUCUUGUUGGUCUUUCCUGAUGCUUCUUGUAGCAAUACUUUUACUUAAAAAUUCUUUGACAGUGUGAAUCUAUUCACUAAUAAAGCUGGUUAUGAUUUCAGUUUCAA